GUACCUUUCAUGAUCGCAUCAGCGACACUCACAUCAGAUGCUCUGAGAGACGUAUGCAGACUCCUUCACAUUCGAUCAGAAAAUCUCGUCACCAUCCACAUCUCCACCGAUCGUCCAAACAUCAAAAUCGGAGUCCGCAAAAUCAAAUACUCCCUUGCAUCC